AUGCGCGGUCAGUUGAACGAGGCAGAACAGAUGCAACGAGAUACACUUUCUCUGCGACUUGACGUCCUUGGACAGCGACAUCCAGAUACCAUCUCGGCAAUGUCCAACCUCGCAAAUACUCUGAAAAUGCGCGGUCAGCUGGAUGAGGCGGAAAAGAUGCAUCGAACUGUACUGGCCAUGAGGCUUAAAAUCCUCGGGCUACGGCACCCAGAUACUAUCUCCGCAAUGAGUGACCUCGCAGACACUCUGCGGAUGUGUGGUCAGUUGGACGAGGCGGAGCAGAUGCAACGAGAGGUUCUUGCUCUGCGGCUCAAGAUCCUCGGAGAGAAACAUGCAGACACUGUAAAUGCAAUGAACAACCUCGCGGCCACUCUACAGACGCGUGGCCAGUUGGAUGAGGCGGAAAGUAUUCAACGAGAUGUGCUUGCUCUACAGCUUGAGAUUCUUGGACAACGGCAUCCAGAUACUAUUGUUGCACUAAGCAAUCUCGCAGCCACCCUAGUGGAACGUGGUCAACUGGGCGAGGCAGAGACUAUGCAGCGUGAUGCACUUGCCCUGCGGCUUGCUCUCCUGGGACAACGGCAUCCACACACUCUCAGUGCUACAUAUAAUCUCUCACGGACACUAUGUAUACGCCACCAAUUUGGGGAGGCAAUACAACUUCUCCAACCGACCAUGCAACUGCGUGUCCAGGUCUUAGGUGAAGGUCAUCCUCGUACUCGGAACUCAGAGAAACUCCUCAAAUAUGCCAUUUCUAUGCAAUCUUGUAGUAAUUCAUAG